CUGCAACUUUAGGAUCAUAGUGUUUUUUUUCCAGUGUUAUUGUUUCCGAAUAAGAUUUCACAUUUGAGUGAUUGAAACAUACAUAUUGUGAAGUGCUAAAGAGAAAAAUGUGAUAAUUAUAUUAGCACAUACCUAUAUAUAUAUUGAUAAUUUGAAAAUAUGUAAGGAGAGCACAAAACAUGGUGAUUAACGGAUUAUUUUUAAGUCUUUUAUUCAUUUGUAUUGGACUGCCUAUAAUAAACACCACACAAUUGGUAUGGAUGGCACCAUAUAGUCUAAUACCUGGGUCCAGUCUUCUAGUCAAUGCUUCUACAUCACUGCCAGCAUUGUCACUGGCUUUACAGAAGAUCUAUGACCAAGGGAUACUACCAAAUAAUUCAAUAAGUGUGACCUAUCUGGACUCCGGAUGUAACAGCAAACAGAGUAUUGGAAUCCUGACUGAUUAUCUCGUACAUCACCAUGUUGACGUCAUUGUAGGACCACCAUGUACAGAAGCAAUGAUACCUAUUGCCGAACUAGCCUCCUACAGAGAUAUACCAGUGUUUAGUUGGUUAGCAAACGAAGAAAGCCUGGAUGAUAAAACUAAAGUGACCACCCUAGUCCGUGUUAUUUAUCCGCUCUCUCAACUAGGUGGCAUUGGCAUAUUGUUUUUCAGUGGACUCAACUGGUUCCGUUUGGUCAUGAUAUCGACUGCAGCGCCAGAAAGUAUUGCUUAUGCUAAUUCACUCGAAGCAGCCGUACAAUCUUUCUCUGUUAUUGGUUUUAAUCUGGUUCAUCAUUACAGCCAGGUCAGCCCCAACAUCAGUGGAACAUCACUGGAUGAAAUGUUUAAUGCUAUCAAAUAUGAAGGCAGAAUUAUUAUUUUGGUUGUAUCUGAUUCGGAACUGAGAAAGUAUAUGGUCCACGCUGAUAGACUUGGAAUGUCUAGCGGAGAUUAUCAAUUUUUCUAUGUGAAAACUACUUUACCAUCACCAGCUGAUAUGAAAAAUCUACAAAGCACUGAUUUUUGGAAGAAAAAUGAUUCUAAUGACGAGGCUGCAAGAAGAGGAUUUGAAAAUCUGUUGUAUAUCAUAUUGGGCGAAACAAAAACAGAUCAGAAUUGGCAAGUGAAGGCUGUGUCUGCUGCACAGAUGUUCUUCGGUAAUGACAGCACUAUACCGAAAGCAAUGCAGCCUGAUUCAUAUUCGGUCUAUUUACAUGAUUGUGUAAUGCUGUAUGGUUUAGCUCUAAAUAUGACUGGCGGUAAUGCCACUGCUGUUAAUGGAACUAGUAUAAGGAAUGCCGCAGUCGAUGUUUCGUUUCAAGGUUUAUCAGGCGAGAUCAUCCUCACUCAGUUUGCUGACCGUUUCCCAUAUUUAUCUAUCUACGAUUUAAACGUAACUGGGAUGUUUUCACUGGUUGCAUAUCUGUACUACACAAAAAUUAACGGAACCAUUGAAACGGUAACAGAUGUUGAUGACAUACGAUGGGGAAAUGGUUUAACCAGUAGAACAUAUACACCACCUGACACUCCUCCUUGUGGUUUCUACAAUGAGUUAUGUCCAACUGAUAACACCUCACAAACUGCCUUAUAUGCUGGACUUGGUUGUGGAAUGCUAGCCGCCAUGUUGAUAGUAUUUUUACUAUAUCGGAUUUGGAAGAAAGAACAAGAAUUGAAUGAUUCAACAUGGAAAGUAAAGUACCAAGAUUUGGAUUUCAGAGUCGCGAAAAAUUCCAAAUCAUUUAUGGCAUUAUCUACUGCAUUUACCCAGAGUGAUGGUUGCCUAACAGACGGAACAGCUUCGUAUACCGAAAAAUAUGGAGUGACUGAUAAUACAGGAAAAUCAGUCAUAGAUGGUGGCGAUGUAAUAAAGUCUAACAAUCAUCUAGCAAAGUUGAAAGGACAAAUUGUUUAUUUAAAAAGAUUAAAGAAACAGAAAGUUAAAGUUGAUCGAAAGCUACUUAAAGAAAUGAAAACAUUACUUGGUAUUAAACAUACAAAUGUUGCAUCUCUGAUUGGAAUGUGUACAGAACCAGGCAAUGUUUCGGUUAUAUGGGAACAUUGUGCAAAAGGCCGGUUAUGUGAUAUUCUAGAGAAUGAUGAUAUUAAGCUUGAUACGAUGUUCAAGUUGUCAUUAGCUAUCGAUAUUUGUAAGGGACUAGAAUAUAUCUACAAAAGCGACCUUAAAUACCAUGGAAAUUUGAAAAGUACCAAUUGUGUAGUGGAUAGUAGAUGGACCUGUAAGCUGUCGGAUUUUGGACCAAGAACUAUUUAUAAAAACUUUAAUGACGAGAACUUCGACUGGAGAACAAGAGCAGAGUCCCUUUUCUGGACAGCACCAGAACAUUUAAGAAAAUGGGUUGUUCAACAUCAGAAAACUGGAUCAAUACAAGGAGAUAUUUAUAGUUUUGGUAUCAUAGCGAAGGAACUAGUAACAAGAGAUAGUCCUUUCGGGUGUGAAGCUUAUAUUCCGGCAGAUGAAAUAAUUAAUAAAGUAGCUGCUACAUUGAAAGUGCCAUUUCGUCCGAAAUUCCCACACAUGUCGGAUGAUGUAGAGACAAUGAAACAGACAAUGGCUAUUGAGGCUUUGAUAAAACGGUGCUGGGCUGAAGAUCCUCAAGUCAGGCCCUCAAUCAAACGUGUUCUUAAAACUUUGAAUGCUAUCAAUCCAUUUAAAAAGUCGAAUGUCAUAGAAAAUAUGAUUGUUAUGAUGGAAAAGUAUUCUAAUCAGUUAGAAGAACUUGUAGCUGACAGGACAGCGCAGCUGGAAGAUGAAAAACGGAAAACAGAUGCUCUGUUAUACCAAAUGCUUCCAAGAAAAGUAGCAGAGGAUCUGAAGCUAGGAAAAACAGUGAAAGCUGAAUCUUUUGAGAAAGUGACAAUAUACUUUUCAGACAUAGUCGGUUUCACAACAAUAGCAGGAGAUUGUACACCUAUUCAGGUUGUGGAACUAUUGAACUCCUUGUACACCGUAUUUGAUGAUACAAUAAAAUCGUAUGAGGUUUACAAGGUUGAAACAAUAGGAGAUGCGUACAUGGUUGUAAGUGGUUUACCAGAAAGAAAUGGCGACAAACAUGCCAGUGAAAUGGCUUAUGUAGCCCUAGAUCUUCUUGAUGGUGUGAGAAAUUUUAGGAUGCCUCAUGACCCCGAAGGUUGUCUACGUAUUAGAAUAGGUCUUCAUAGUGGUCCAGUAGUUUCAGGAGUUGUCGGACUUACUAUGCCACGAUAUUGUCUGUUUGGUGACACCGUUAAUACAGCUUCUAGAAUGGAAUCAAACGGGGAAGCUUUGAAAAUUCAUAUGAGUAGUGCAACAGCUAAUAUGUUGAAGGAAACAGGAUUAUUUGAACUCCAGAAAAGAGGCGAUCUAACGAUAAAGGGGAAGGGCAGUAUGACAACCUACUGGUUGGAAGGAAUAAAGAAAGAAAAUAUAUCUAGUCAAGACUCGUCUAAACAGUACUACUCUCAUCUGAGAGAAAAUAGGGAUCAAGAAAUAGAGGACACAGAAAGUUCAGAGGAAGAAACUCUACCCGAUUUAUGUGAGAAAAUCAAACACUCUGACGUUUUCAAAGAUGGACAGAAUAAGCUUCCAUCUGCAGAUUUAAUUCAACUUUCUAUCAAAACUCCAAGUUUACAGUUGUUCGACAGUGACCAAGAAGAUGCUGACCAUUAAUAGAAUAAUUCAAGUUAUUUCAUUUUUUACAAGACUUAGUGCAAUUGUUAACGAACAAUUUUCCCAGUUCAUAAAUGUGAUAUUUUGUUAUUUUUUCAUUAUCUUUACAUUUGAAAAUUAGACAUAUUAUUUUACUACUUGUCUUGACUCUGUUUAUAAAUGUCACUAGUUUU